AUGGACGCCGCGCGAGCUCGAGCUCCUCUUCCUCCGUCGCUGGCGUGGCUCGCUUUCCUGUUGAUCCUCGUUCUAGCGACGACGCCCGGGGUCGGCGCGGCAUCGACAGCGGCGCCCGCGAGCGAGGCGGCCGCGGGGUUUGACUGCGGCGGCGCGGCGGCGGCGGCGAUCAAGGAGGACGACACGCGCGGGGCGCUGCGGCUCAAGCUCGUGGCUGCGGCGUCCAUCCUGGCGUCGGGCGCGGCGGGGGUGCUGGUCCCGCUCCUGGGCCGCUCCGCCUCCGCGCUGCGCCCCGACGGGGACGUCUUCUUUGCCGUCAAGUCGUUCGCCGCGGGGGUCAUCCUCGCCACCGGCAUGGUGCACAUCCUGCCCGCGGCCUUCGACGCGCUCGCGCCCUCCUCCUGCGGCGGUGGCGCCAACAAGGCCGACGGCGGGUCCUUCCCCUACGCCGGGCUCGUCGCCAUGUGCUCUGCCAUGGUCACCAUGAUGGUCGACUCCGUCGCCGCGGGCUACUACCAGCGCUCGCACUUCAAAAAGGCGCGCCCCGUAGAUGACGCCGCCGCCGACGCGGCGCCCGGUGGGGACGAGGAGGGCGCCGCCGGGCACGCGGGCCACGUGCACGUGCACACGCACGCGACGCAUGGCCACGCGCACGGCCAAGCCCACGAUCACGGAGGACACGGCCACGCCGGCCCGGCCUCGCCUCAGGAUGCCUCCUCCGUCGCCGUGUCCAUCAGGCACAGGGUGAUUUCUCAGGUUCUGGAGCUGGGAAUCCUGGUGCACUCGGUGAUCAUCGGCGUGUCCCUGGGCGCCUCGCUGAGGCCGUCCACCAUCAGGCCCCUCGUUGGAGCUCUCAGCUUCCACCAGUUCUUCGAGGGCAUAGGCCUUGGCGGCUGCAUUGUUCAGGCAAAGUUCAAGGCGAGAGCGACCGUGAUCAUGGCGACCUUCUUCUCCCUCACCGCUCCCAUGGGCAUCGCGCUGGGGAUCGCCAUCACUUCCAGCUACAGCAAGCACAGCGCCACCGCCCUCGUCGUCGAGGGGGUCUUCAACGCAGCUGCAGCAGGGAUUCUGAUCUAUAUGUCCCUGGUCGAUCUCCUAGCAGCAGAUUUCAGCAACCCAAGGCUGCAAACAAACAUGAAGCUUCAGCUGGCAACGUACAUCGCUCUUUUCCUCGGUGCAGGGCUCAUGUCAUUGCUCGCCAAAUGGGCAUAG